AAGCUGUUGGUGCUGUUAUAUUUUGACGUUUCCGUCUCCGGCAGACAUAUUGCUUACAGGAGCAAAUUCUGGAAAGCUAGGAGAGAGAAAGGAUUUAAAAUUACUUCCCAUCUUCACGACUUGAUACACUCAACACGACAUAAUGGAGCCGUCAGCCAGUCCGGCCAAAGACAACAACUACAGGAUGAACCGCUACAAGAACAAAGCACUGAACCCGGAGGAGAUGAGGCGCAGAAGAGAGGAGGAGGGCAUCCAACUCAGGAAACAGAAACGAGAACAACAGCUUUUCAAGAGGAGGAAUGUGGACGUUCUCAAUGAAGAGGAAGCCAUGUUUGAGAAUCCUCUAGUGGACUCAUACCUCAGCUCUCCAGUUACAGAAGGUGUCAUUACAAAGGAAAUGGUUGAGAUGCUUUUCUCGGAGGACCCAGAGCUUCAGCUCGCCACAACACAAAAGUUCAGAAAACUACUUUCCAAAGAGCCCAACCCUCCAAUUGAUGAAGUUAUAAACACAGCUCGAGUAGUGGAUAGAUUUGUGGAGUUCUUGAAGAUGAGCACCAACUGCACACUCCAGUUUGAGGCAGCGUGGGCACUGACCAACAUAGCAUCCGGCACAUCCAUGCAGACGAAGACUGUGAUUGCGGCCGGAGCGGUGCCAAUCUUCAUCGAACUACUGAACUCAGACUUUGAAGAUGUCCAAGAACAGGCUGUUUGGGCCUUGGGUAAUAUUGCAGGGGACAGUGCGGUGUGCAGAGACUACGUGCUGAACUGCGACAUUCUUCCACCAUUAUUAAUGCUUCUGACCAAAUCCACUAGAUUGACCAUGACUAGGAACGCAGUGUGGGCUCUGUCUAAUCUGUGUAGAGGAAAAAACCCUCCACCUGCGUUUGAAAAGGUGUCACCCUGUCUGCCCGUGCUGUCCAGGCUUUUAUUUAGCAGCGACCCAGACUUGCUGGCAGACGCCUGUUGGGCCCUGUCCUACCUCUCAGACGGCCCCAACGACAAGAUCCAAGCCGUCAUCGACUCCGGAGUCUGCAGGCGUCUUGUAGAGCUGCUCAUGCACACGGACUACAAGGUGGCCUCGCCUGCUUUGAGAGCUGUAGGAAACAUCGUCACUGGAGACGACAUCCAAACACAGGUGGUGUUGAACUGCUCCGCCCUGCCCUGUCUGCUGCACCUCCUCAGCAGCGCUAAGGAGUCCAUCCGCAAAGAGGCCUGCUGGACCAUCUCAAACAUCACCGCAGGAAACCGAGCACAAAUACAGACGGUCAUUGAUGCCAACAUCUUCCCAGUGCUGAUCGACAUCCUACAGAAAGCUGAAUUCAGAACCAGGAAAGAGGCGGCCUGGGCCAUCACCAACGCAACGUCCGGAGGAACACCAGAACAGAUCAGAUACCUGGUGAACCUGGGCUGCAUUAAGCCGCUGUGUGACCUGCUGACGGUGAUGGACUCUAAGAUCGUUCAGGUGGCUCUGAACGGGCUGGAGAACAUCCUGAGGCUGGGAGAGCAGGAAGCCAAGCAGGAGAACAGCGGCAGCGGGGUCAACCCCUACUGCAGCCUCAUCGAAGAAGCAUAUGGUCUUGACAAAAUCGAGUUCCUCCAGAGCCACGACAACCAGGAGAUCUACCAGAAGGCCUUCGAUCUCAUCGAGCAUUACUUCGGCACGGAGGACGAGGACAACAGCCUCGCCCCGCAGGUGGACGCAGCCAACCAGCAGUUCCUCUUCCCCCCGCAGGAGGCCCCUAUGGAGGGCUUCCAGCUAUAAGUCCCCUCCUCUCUCCUCUAAAAUACACCUUUCACCCCCCCUCUGUACCUCCUUAUCUCAUGGAGAAGCCGGAGUCAACCCACAUCGACCCCCUACCGUUAACACAAAAAAACACACGCACCUCUUGGAGGAAAACUGUCCCGCUCUCCAGACAACCCCCCCCCCCCCCUUCUUUCUACAAAGCAGUGGACUGACUUCCUGCAGUGAUAUCUGGCCAAUGGGAGAGAGCCACAUAAACUGCGUCACUGAGGAAGUGAUCGCCCUGCAGUGUGAGUCUGUCCCGGCUUCAAACGCACACACAGACAUGUAGCUGUCAUGCUAACGCUCUCAUCUGUAGUAGCGCUGGUUUGUCGGUUCAUAUAAACUCAUUUCUUUCCCCAACGGGACAUUCCUAUUUUCAGGAUUACCCAUGCAGCCCCAGGCAAAGUCCACAGACGGGGGGGGUGCAUGAGGUGAAAUACGCCUAGCUCUUGAUGUCAGUCCGACCUUAUUGAAAAGAGAGAAACGACAGAUAUAUGAUCCUUUUUUUUUUGUCAUUCCCCCCCCGACACUUAUUUAUCUUAACCUUUUUUAGUGCUUGUGAUUUCUUUAUUUAGGCUUAGGGCUGAUCUCUGCACUCCUAAGCUAGAAGUGUGAUUGAUUUUUCCCUUCAUUUAACAUUUUCUCCCCCUUCUAUUAACAUUUUCUUUAGCGGGAUACAUUUCAGGACGGGUUGGUAAUGAGUGUAAAGAUGUAUCAGAACGUAGGAAGGGUUUGGGAUGAGAUAUUGGAAAAGAGGGGAGGUAUAGUUAGAGAUCCAAUGUUCGUCGUGUGCUGUGUUAUUAAUAACAAUAUGAAUUAUGAAGUGAUCUAACCAUUAAACAAAGCACAGCUGGGGUUAAAGGGGGACACGGUGCCUUCACACAGCAGCAAAAGCAUUCAUAUUUUUAUAUACUUCAACAAAUUAAAGAAGUUUAAAGGGUGAAAUACCACAUUUAUAGUUUCUGAUUUCAUCGAAGUGAACAAGAUGCUGCUAGUGAACGAGGCGCUGUGCCACCCCCUCCCCAGCUGUACGUGGUGGGGUUGUUGCAUGGUGUUAUAUUACCCUGCGUACAGUCACUGAGUAUCCCUGGCCAAACACACACACACACAGUUGGCACAGAGAGACCGAGAACAGUGUGAAGAAAUGUAAAAAAAAAAAAAACGGCCACGACUAACCGGUUUGGUGGUGUUUAAAGUGUAGUGACGGUGGUGGUGUUUUGUAUAGUGCUAUAUAUAACCUAUGGCAUUCUUUAUCACUAUAUCUUGGAGGAGUGGGAAUUCCAGCUGGUGAUGAUUUAGCAUGGGUCCGUUGUGAUAGUGAUGUAAACAGCCUUUCCUCUGCCUAUGAAGGAAAGUCUGUGUCCCCGCGUGGGUCUAAAAACUAACCCGGGUUUGGCUAGGGAUACAUGUCAGACGAGUGACGAGCCUAAUCACAAAUUCGAGUAUGAGUAUAUAUUUGAAUUAAGAUGUAUUUGCAUUAUAUAUAAAUAUAUAUUUGCGCACACUUGCAUACAACACCAGCAGACACUGUACACACACCUCUUACAGAUGAGUGGCGAACAGCAAAAAAAGUUUCCAUAGUCUUUGGAGUAAAAAAAAUAAAAGUUAUUUCAUGAGAACGUUUUGCUGAAAAUUGCCGUUUUGGCUUUUUCCGUAUUUACUUUUUAAUUUUCUGUUUUAGAGAUUUGUCCCGAAUUUGAAAGGCGAUUCGGUGCGCACAGAGGUCAGCGUUUAAGGCUUUAUGGAUGGAGCAGAACUGAUGUUGUGUGAUGUUGACUGACGGCACUGUGUGAGGAACAGAUUGACUCUGACUGCGUCUGCUCUGUGGAUUACUGACCCGCCUUCGCAUCAAAUCAUGCAGCUAAAAAACAGAAUUACAAACUCAAAUAUAACAGAUUUAACUAUUGGAUAUCGUCUCUAACAAGUUUGGGAUACACGCUCCUCAAAAAUCGUUCUUUUCUACCAAUUUUCUGUUAUAUGGUUGCAAUUUGUGGGGGAUAAUCGGCUACUUUUCCUAUUUGGUUAUUGCAUAGAGUGCAGAAUAUCAUACUGCUACAUCUGGCUAUUCUAAGCUAGGGUUAGUGAGGUCGAUGCAAUCCACAGAUCACGCGUGCGCCCAGCAGACAUAAGAGUUGAAAUCAUGAAUAAUUGAGCAUCAAGAACUUUCCUCUACAUGACAGAUGUGUAGAGCAGUAUUUAUAACUGAAGUCUUGGCCUACAAAAUAACGCCAGAAUUGCAAUGUUAAAAAAAAUCUCUAUAUAUACAGAAAAAACAAAAAGUGCAUCAACCAGGAAAACAUUUAUAUUUCUAACCCUAACCCAAAAUGCACUCCUAUUCACAAAAGUGCCAAUCCGACCAACAAAGACUGGAGGUUCUCGUGUGUCUGUCUUUGACUUAGAGAUUUGUUCUUCUAUCUUUUAUUUACUUGAAUGUGCACACGUUUUGUGCAGAACAUUGCUGCUCUAUUUUCCUUAUCUUUAAAGUUACAUUAUUUGUCGUGCUUUUCUUUGGAAAGUGGCAUGCGUUACCGUGGGCGCCUAAAAACAAAGGAAUUGAAUUAAGGCAGUGUAAUUAUCUGGAAAAGGGGAGGGGUUACUAAUUUAAUUGCAUAAAAACGGGGCUUUCCAGCUACUUGUCCUUUGGUGUGAUGACCCCCCCCCCCCCCCCAUGGCAUCACUGUGCAAAGCUAAGCUGCGAUAUUUGGAAUCAAAGCAUUGAUUUCAUGAGGUGUAAAAAUAUGAAAUGAUCAAAGAUAUUGCGGGCCCCUCUGUGUGUAGAGAAACUGCGCUGAUAGAAAUGUACUUAGACGCGGCACGCGAUGCAAGUUGUGGAAACGUAAGCGACUAUCAUAGCAGACAAAUGCAGGUACUGACGUGGUUUUUGUCAUAGUUUACCCAAAGUGUUGUCAUCCUGAAGGCUGGUUGAAUUGAUCUACUUCUUGUUUUCAAAAUUCAAUUGAUGUAAUUGGCUUCGUUUCAGUAGAAGCUGCGAUAGCUCAGUCCCUCUCGUCUCAGUUGUCUCUUAAGUUCAAGUUCUGUUAGAGGGAGUGAGAGAAAUCUGCAAAAUGAUCCUGAAGACUGCAAUAAAUAUUGUCCUAAAUCUCCCCCCCCCCCCCCCCCCCAGAGAGGCAAAGACCCCCCCUUGCUCUCAGAGGCGAGAGCUAACAGGCAUCUACUUGACUUUUUUUUUUUCUAACAUAACAUCUGGGAUUCAGAAAUAGUGAUUUACAUUAAAAAGUAUUAUAAGUUAAAACUAUAUGUAUGUUCUGAUACAUUGACAGGGAUUCAGAUGCAAUUCUAAUCACUUCUGAGAAGUGGAGAAAAAGCCUCGUUGGAACAUGUCACAGGAAGUAAACAAAUAUAUAAAAUAGGAGGUGAGGAGCCAAGCCUUUUCUGCUCAGGAUUUUCUGGGCUAUAUUUUGGAUAAUUGUGUUGAAAGGUUUGUCCUAGUCAGGCUGCAUGAUCAGGACCCUUGUUAUCUUAAGGGAAUGAACAGACAUCACUAAAUAUCUCAAAUCUGACUUGUCUUCCGUCCUAGAAGCUGUUCAUGUCUUUAUCAAAAUCUAAAGCCACGCUCGGCUUGGUCAAGUAAUGUUGCUUCAAAUGUUUACAAUGCUACAUGUUUGUAAAAAAUACCCUUUUCAUAUGCCAUCACUGACCAGUCCGCUGCUCUGGUCCUCAUUUCUUUUACAUGUAUUUAUUUACUCUAUUCUUGUUUAUGAUUUUCCGUUUUGCUCAAAAUGACCCAUCUUUAAAAAAGAACUGUGACUUGACUUGACCUUUACCGACGGUAUGAAUGAGUGACGAGAAACGUGUACACUUCAACUGAACAUGACACACAAACAGAACAUACAAGAAACGGCAACAAUAUUAAAAAAAUGUAAAGGAAAAUAUAUUGAAUUUAAAGUUGUUCAGUGGAAAUACUCUACAAAACAAAUAAAGGUUAUGUUGCAACCCUUUAAA